AUGUCUCAUUUCUCUAUCACAGACUUCAAUAGUUCCAGAUUUGUUCUCACUGGUUUUCCUGGCCUAGAAAUUCACUAUCUCUGGCUCUCUAUCCCCUUCUUCUCUAUCUAUGCUAUGGUCUUUCUGGGAAACUGCAUGGUGCUUCAUGUGAUACGGACUGAGUCAAGCCUACAUCAGCCUAUGUUCUAUUUUCUGGCCAUGCUGGCCCUCACCGACUUGUGCAUGGGGUUGUCCACCGUGCACACGGUGCUGGGGAUCCUGUGGGGGCUCAUUCGGGAGAUCAGCCUGGAUUCCUGCAUUGCCCAGUCCUACUUCAUCCAUGGUCUGUCCUUCAUGGAGUCCUCUGUCCUCCUCGCUAUGGCCUUUGACCGCUACAUUGCAAUUUGCAACCCACUUCGUUACUCUGCCAUCCUAACUAAUGAUAGAAUUGUGAGAAUUGGGGUGGCAAUCUUAUGUAGGAGUUCCUUACUCAUACCUCCAGUCAUUAUCCGCCUGAAGUUCUUGAAUUAUUGCCGUCCUCACAUCCUUUCUCACUCUUUCUGCCUGCACCAAGACUUAAUUCGAAUGGCCUGUUCAAACAUUCGCUUCAACAGCAUUUACGGGCUGGCCCUGGUGAUCAGCAACCUAUUAUUGGAUGCAGUGCUCAUACUUAUCUCUUAUAUCAUGAUCUUACAUACAGUCUUAGCCAUUGCAUCCCGGGAGGAGAGACUCAAGUCCUUGCAGACCUGUGUAUCUCACAUCUGUGCUGUUUUGGUUUUCUACAUCCCAAUCAUUGGUCUGACCAUGGUGCAUCGCUUUGGAAAACACCUUUCACCACUGGUUCAUGUCCUCAUGGGCAACAUCUAUAUCCUUUUUCCACCCAUGAUGAACCCUAUUAUUUAUAGUAUCAAGACACAACAGAUACGAAGGAGAGUCCAGAGAUUGUUCUGCUUGGAAGGAGCCUAA